AUGGACACGUUUAAGGUGGACGAGAUUAUUAAGAAGAAUGAAGACUUCAGUAAAUAUUAUGAGUACGACACUAAGGAGAGUGACCAAGGUAAGUCAAUGGAGGAAGUACACAAGGAAACAUGUAAUUUGAAUAACAUGAAUAAUUAUUUUAAUAAAGAUAUUGUUAAGAUUAAUGAUGAAAAUUGUGGGAACGACAAGAGUCGAGGGAUCAGUAAGCAUACUGAGGCAAAUAGCCAUCGUGAUAGAACUCAUAGGGAGGAUAUUAUAAGAGGGAGGGACAACCAAAAGAAAGAUGUCGUUGCUGCAUCAAGAAAUGAGGUGAAUGAAGUUAACGGGGUAAAUAAAGUUAACGAAGUAAAUGAAGAAAAAGAGGAGGAGUCGGGAGGGAAAGAAGAGUAUGAAGAAGAAGAAGAUGAUGAAGAAGAUUAUUCAAGUUCCAUGGAAUGCAUUUCAAAUGAUGAUAACUCCUAUUAUUCGAUGUAUGAAGGGUACAAAACUAAUUAUAUUAUGGAAUCACUAUUUGAUAAAAAUUCGUUUGUUUAUUUUAUGGUGCCUUUUAAUAAAUAUAAUUAUACAAAUUAUUACACAAACUGGAAUAAGUUAAGUUUUCGUAUGUAUGCUUCUUUAAACUCUGUGACCCCAAAAUAUAUGAAAAAAAAGAGGAAAAGAAAUAGUCUAACUACCUCAUAUAAUAGUAUUAAAAAUACGAUAAAUACUAACAACAGUAGUAGCAAUAAAAAAAUUAACGGCAAUUAUUGUGGUAAUUAUAUCCAAAGUAAUGAUGAUUAUACCACAGAUUACAAUUUCAAUAACCCUUUAAUUUCCAUUUUAAAUAAUUUCUUAUAUUUCUUAAUACUUAGUGAGUUUUUAAAUUAUAAUGAACUAUAUAAAUUGAUGCCAUUAUGUAAAUGCUCAUACGAUAUUUUUAACAAUUUUUUUUAUAUUAACGUUCAUAUAAAUCCGUUCAAACAAAAUAUUAAAGACAUUAUGCUUUUCCUAAAAGAGAACAAGGAAUACCAGUUUAAAAUUUUAAAAAGUGUGAAUUAUAAAAUGAGAAGUUACGAAAAAUUAUAUGACCAUAAGAGGGAACUGUUGAAUGGAAGGGGAGUAUGGGUUCAUAACACAAAUGAAGUGUUUGAGGAAAGGAAGCAUUCCAGAGAGGAACAUUGGGUAUUAAGUAAUGCGCAGAAUGGAAACAGCGGAAAUAAAAACAGUGGUGAAAUAAAUAAUUAUGUUAAUAAUGAUAUUAAAAAAAACAAUAAUGAUAAUCAUAGUAAUAAUUUGGAUAAGCUGCAUGCUUCAGAUAAGCUUACAAAGGGAUCGUAUAUAGCAGGGAAAGAAGAAAACCAUGAUUGCUACGGAAUGAUGGAAAGAAUGGUUAGAGAGGGAGAGCAAAGGAACUCUUAUGAAAAGGCUAGUCUCAUACCUAAUAAAUCAGUACAAAAUAACGUUCUUUUUACAAAUAAUAUUAUUAACAUUAGAAAUCUAUUUAGCUUAUAUGAAUUUACAAGAAUAUAUUUAAGCAAAUAUAAUAGAGAGAAGGUUCAUUUUUGUAUAUCUGAUGAGAGUUUUAAGUAUGAUUUUAAAAGACCGAGUACAUUUUUUAAUGAUGUAUUUCCUUAUGGAAAUAAAAUAUGUUCUUUUGAGUAUAAAGUGAAGUUAAAAAAACAUGUACAAAGAAGGUGGAAUUUGAAAAGUAAUUAUGUGCAUGAAAAUUACUUUCAUCAUAUAUCGGAUCAUUCAAAUAAUGGGGGAAUAGUAAAAUUAAUUGAAAAUAAACAUAGUAAUUUGUAUCCUUCCUUUACUUCUUUUAUAUCAUUAGACAAGUUUGGUUAUGUUAAUCUGUGGAAAAUUGAUGAUCUAAAUUCGUUAGUUCCAAAUAUUUUACUUAAAUCGAAGUUAUCUCUCAGUGGCAGCAAACAUAUUAUGGCGACGGAUUCGGUUAACCUAACAAGUGACAAAUUUUUGUUAGCCGACAGCUCCUCCUUGUACUUCUUUUCUCUAAAAGAUGAAGGGGAACUACCACUGACGGGAGUUAUCGCCCUGAAUACAUGCAAAGAGAAGGAAGAAACAAAGAUAAAGAACAUUGUAAAAACUGAUAAGAACAAAUGUUGUGUUGGUUUAAGUAAGGCAAUAUGCUAUAGAGUAGACUUAGAAAGAGGUGAGAUCGAAAGUAAUAAGAAAGUAAUGGAGAAUUUACAAAAAAUAAAUUGUUUUGAUACAAAUACAAACAUAGUUUUAAGUAAAAAGAAUAUAUUAAUUGAUGAUAGAAGAGUAGCAAAUUAUGUAUCCUAUGUAAAUUAUAAUUUAAUAGAUUAUGAAAAUGAGAAGAAAUAUUAUAAUAGUGACAACUCUUUUAAAGAUUUUAGCUUAACUGGUAUUUCAUUAACUUGUUUAAAUUCGAACAAUUCAAUUUUUCUAUUUGAUUUAAGAUAUAAAUACCCUUCAACUUGUUUAUAUUAUGAAAACGUAAUUACAGAAACGUAUAAUUUGAGAGAAAGUGAAAAAUUGAAAUAUUUAAAUAUGUUGAAGAGGAAUUAUAAUUCAAGGUAUUAUGUAAAUAAUAAAAAAUAUUGUGGUUUUCACGAUAAUGUAAUUUUAUAUCCAUGUGUUGUUAGUGAUCAUGUAGACAGAUCCAUAAAAGAAGAGGAAGAAUACUAUGUAAAAAAUAAAAUUUUAUCAGAUGAAUCAUUUAUAUAUUCUAUAAUAAAAGAAAAAAAGAAAAGAGAAUUUUAUAAUAUUCCUAGUUCUUAUUUAAAUAUGUGGAGGUGGUGUGAUAAGAGGCAGUUUAAAACAUUUUUUCAUUAUUAUGAAGAUCUAACUAGUAAACGAAAUAUAACAAGUACAACAAAUAUGGCAAAUACAUGUUAUCAAAAGUUAUCCUUCGAUUCAAUAUACAAGUUUGUUGAUGCACCAAAUCAUAUUUUCCUUACUUAUGAAAAUUCCAAUUUUAUCCAUUCCCUUUUGUCACCAUCAUAUGGGUUGGAAAUAAAAAGUUCUCUUAAGGAAGUCCCUUUUUUUAUGCAUCCUACAAAUCUUUAA